CACUGCGCCAGGCCCAAAAGGGAGUAUUAAAGUUUGGGUUUUGGUGCACACGGUAUCGGGCCCCGGGCUGCCACCGCCACCUCAGUCGCUGCUCCUGCCUCCGGCUCUGCCACCUGUGCCAUCUCCUGUCAUGGCCGAGGAGCUUUCCACGGCCGCAUCUUAUACCAAAGGUGAUUUCUACUGUCCUGUCUGUCAGGAGGUGCUCAAAACACCGGCCCAGACCGCGGCCUGUCAGCACAUUUUCUGUAGAAAAUGUUUCCAGACUGCAAUGAGAGAAGGUGGAAUAUGUUGUCCCCUGUGUUGUGGAAAUGUGACUAGAAAAGAAAGAGCAUGUCCCGAAUGGGCCUUAGACCUUGAAAAUAUCAUGAGGAAGUUUUCUGGUAGCUGCAGAUGCUGUGCAAAACAGAUUAAAUUCUAUCGCAUGAGACAUCAUUAUGAAUCUUGCAAGAAGUAUCAAGAUGAAUAUGGUGUUUCUUCUAUCAUUCCAAACUUACAGAUUUCCCAAGAUUCAGGAGGGAACAAGAAUACAAGUGCUUCUGGACAUCCCACCUUUAAGUGUCCCUGUGUCAAGAAUCGUCUUAGCAGACAGCGUUUAUUGGAUCACGUAGCAGUAAUUGCCUAUUUCAGAUAGUUCCUGUGACAUGUCCUAUUUGUGUGUCUCUUCCUUGCGGAGAUCCUACGCAGAUUACUAGAAAUUUCUUCAGUCAUCCUAAU